AUGAUAACGUUGGAAGACAUUGGAUCAAGACAGAUCCAUAACAUAGACAUAAAACUGAAAAGGGAACAUAUGCCUAAGAACUCGGACUCUCUUGCCAGUUUCACUAUAAUUUUGUCAGCCUCUCUCUACCUAGAAAGCCAGUUCUCGAAACAGGAUUGGUCAGAAUAUCGUCUUGAUUCCGAGAUAUCAGCUUUGCAACAAAAACACCAAGACGAGCAUUUCCGUUUCGUAAGGGAUUGA